ACGCUAUUACGUAAUGACCCCGCAGUGGCUGCCAUCACCGCCUAUCACCCCCUGUUUGCUAAGCAGCUAGCCGAACGGGAAAGUGGGUGUAAUGGAUAGAUACGAACACUAACACUAGCAAAACAAGGCGCCCGGCAAAAUUGCAGCCCGAUUAAAACCGCAACCAUGUUUGGCCGGUCACGGAGCUGGGUUGGAGGACAGGGGAAAGCGAAAAAUAUCCACUCCCUGGACCAUUUGAAGUAUAUGUACCACGUCUUGACAAAAAACACAACAGUAACAGAUCACAACAGGAACCUUCUGGUGGAGACCAUCCGCUCGAUCACAGAGAUCCUCAUCUGGGGGGACCAGAAUGACAGCUCUGUGUUUGAUUUCUUCCUGGAGAAGAACAUGUUUGCCUUCUUCUUGAACAUCCUCCGUCAGAAGUCUGGACGUUAUGUGUGUGUCCAGCUCCUCCAGACCCUCAAUAUACUUUUUGAAAACAUUAGUCAUGAGACUUCCCUAUAUUAUCUCUUAUCAAACAACCACGUCAACUCCAUUAUUGUCCACAAGUUUGACUUCUCGGAUGAGGAGAUCAUGGCUUAUUAUAUCUCCUUCCUUAAGACCCUGUCACUCAAACUUAACAACCACACCGUGCACUUCUUCUAUAAUGAGCACACUAAUGACUUUGCCCUGUACACCGAGGCCAUUAAGUUUUUCAACCACCCUGAAAGCAUGGUCCGCAUCGCAGUCCGAACCAUCACACUCAACGUCUACAAAGUUUCAUUGGACAACCAGCACAUGCUGCACUACAUUCGAGAUAAGACAGCGGUCCCAUAUUUCAGUAACUUGGUCUGGUUUAUCGGCAGUCACGUCAUCGAACUAGACAAGUGUGUACAGACAGAUGAAGAACAUAAAAACAGGGGGAAGCUAAGUGACCUGGUAGCAGAGCACCUUGACCACCUCCACUACCUAAAUGAUAUCCUCAUCAUCAACUGUGAAUUCCUUAAUGAUGUUUUAACCGACCACCUCCUCAACCGUCUCUUUCUGCCACUCUAUGUUUACUCUUUGGUCAGUCCUGAGACGUCUGAAGAGCGGAAGAUCAACCCUCAGGUGUCCCUCUAUCUGUUGUCUCAAGUGUUUCUAAUCAUCCACUAUCAGCCACUGGUAAAUGCCCUUGCAGAUGUUAUUUUCAACGGAGAUCUGUCUGUAUUCACCACACCGACAGAUAUUCACAGCACGCACAAGAGCACGGCAAGUGCGGGAGGUAUGCGCCGCUUCAUCAAGCCUCCGGAGUCUCUGGAGCGCUCACUGGAGCUGUCCCGCCAUCGUGGCCGCAAAAGAACACAGAAGAGGCCAAACUACAAGAACCUGGGCGAGGAGGAAGAUGAUGAAAGGGCUGGGGGCGGAAGCAGCAGUGCAGGAGGAGGACUAGAAGAGGGCUGGGAUGAUGACAGUGGCAGAGGAGAGAGGGAAAAGGGAAAAGGUACAGAGGGAAUAGGAGCAGGUGGGAGUUCUAAGGGAAGCAGAGCGAGUGGGGAGACGGCGGAAGAGAUAGAGAUGGUGGUGAUGGAGAAGUGUAAGGUGCCAGAGCUGACAGAGCAGAACAUCACUGAUGAGGAGAAGACAGCUGCAGCUACUCGCACACACACACAGAGGAGCAGGCCGUUCUUAGACAUGGUGUACAGUGCCCUUGACUGCACCAGUGACGACUACCACGCGCUGUUUGUCCUCUGCCUGCUUUACGCUGUCUCACACAGCAAAGGUAUCAACCUUGAUCUUCUGGAGCGUCUGCAGUUGCCAGUUCCAGACCAGGAGAGGAGUUCUUACAGCGUGGUCCUCGUAGAAAGACUUAUUAGAGUUAUGAGCCAAGCUGCACUGCCAGAUGGUAAAGUGCGUCUAGCUACCCUCGAGCUGAGCUGCCUUUUGUUAAAGCAGUCUGUAUUGUCUGGGAGCAACUGUAUUAUCAAAGACGUUCAUCUGGCCUGCCUGGAGGGUGCCAGAGAGGAGAGUCUGCAUUUACUGCGACAAUUCUACAAGGGCGAAGAAAUCUUUCUGGACAUGUUUGAGGACGAAUACAGGAGCAUGACGAGUAAGCCACUGAAUGUGGAGUAUCUAAUGAUGGAUGCCUCAAUACUGCUGCCACCCACUGGCACUCCUCUGACCGGUAUUGACUUUGUGAAGAGACUUCCGUGUGGAGACGUGGAGAAGACACGCAGGGCGAUUCGAGUUUUCUUCAUGUUGCGGUCCUUAUCACUUCAGCUUCAGGGAGAACCCGAGACACAGCUCCCUCUGACCAGACCUGAAGAUCUGAUCAAGACAGACGAUGUCUUAGACCUCAAUAACAGUGACCUGAUAGCCUGUAUGGUGGUCAGUAAAGAUGGGGGACAGGCCCAGAGAUUCCUCGCUGUAGAUGUGUACCAGAUGAGUCUGGUGGAACCAGAAAGCAAGCGUCUUGGAUGGGGUGUCGUCAAAUUUGCCGGCCUCUUGCAAGACAUGCAGGUAUCCGGCGUUGAGGACGACAGCAGAGCGUUAAACAUCGUCAUUCAUAAACCCAGCUCCAACCCCCACGCCAAGCCCCUGCCCAUUCUGCAGGCCAACUUCAUCUUUGCAGACCACAUUCGCUGCAUCAUCGCCAAACAGAGGCUAGCCAAAGGCCGUAUCCAGGCCCGGCGGAUGAAGAUGCAAAGGAUUGCUGCUUUGUUGGACCUCCCUGUGCAGCCCAGUGCAACAGAGGUGUUGGGUUUCACUCAGACUGCAAACACUUCAGCCAGCGGCCUACCUUUCCGGUUCUACGAGCAGUCUAGGCGGGCACCAAAUGAUCCCACGGCAAAUAGAUCAGUUUUUGCCUCUGUCGAUAAAGUACCAGGGUUUGCAGUGGCUCAUUGCGUGCCCCAGCACACUCCCUCACCCCUCUCCUCACCCUCACCUCCCUCCAGUGGAAGCGGGAGCACGGGGCGAUGCGACUCUGUUACUGCAAGCACGACAUCAGCUCAGAGCCCUGCAGAUGAUGGUAUACUUUUGGAGCACACUCCGCCCUCGUCCUCAGGUGGAGAAGGUGAAGGAGGAGGUGGAGAAGUAACAUUAGUCUCCUCUGCUCCCUCAACCCCAGCUCCAGCUCCAGCCCUGGCCCCGAGCCUCACCCCAGCCUCCCAGCCCACUAUCUCACUCCUUACCGACAACAGCGCAGACACCCUGAGCGUGGAGUCACUCACCCUGCUGCCGCCUGCCGACCCACCUCGCCUGCACCUGUGCACCGGCCACGUCACAGCGGCUCAGUCCCUACAGAGACCAGAUGCCUCUAUCGCAGAGGAGGAGGAGGAGGAGGAGGGGGACGCCGAGUUGGUUAGGAAAGACGAGGAGGACGGCUCGCCGAUAGAUGAGACUGAAACAGAUGCAACGGUAAAAGAGGAAACCACUGAGACGACUGAGACGGUCACACCCACAGAUGAGGUUCUAGAGAGAACAGAUGAAAUACAAGGUGAAGGCACACCUAAAGAGCUUAAUGGGGACCUCGAGCAAGAAAGAGAAGGCGUGACAGCUGCAGAAUCUGAUAAUGCAGAGUUAGACACUGAAACACCAGACUCACCUGAGCUGGAUUAAGGAACAUGCAGUACUCGUGCAGUCACCAGUGUGAUAGGUAACAUACCAAGCUCAUGAUGGAAACUGUAGGUUAGAAAGUGAUGUGAAUAGUCCAAGAGGCUUUCGGAGGCAUCUCAACAUUUUGUAUUUGCACAUGAAGAAAGACUCAAAACAGGCACUGGUCAACGAGGGCUCAAAGCACAUCUGGCUUUCUGUGCUUUCUAAGCUCGUGUUUUUCUCUUCUUUUUUUUUUCUUUUUUUGGCACAUGUGUGUCGAGGCGCGCAACCAGCAACGUUUUUUACUCAUUCUGAUUGUGUAUGAGCUCAAACACACACCACACACUACUGCUGCGAGCUGCACUUUUCGAAGACCUAUUUUUGUGUCAUAUUUUCACAUACCGGGUCACCACAUGCUUUUCGGUGGUGUUCACGACUAUGCUAAACACAGAACACCACUGCAUGUCAGAUGGGUUAGCAGUUUCUGUUACCCUGCAACUGCUGCUGGGUUGGGUGGGGCGUGUUUGUAGGUUUUACAUAUUUUUCCAUUUAGUGAGCAGCGCAUUUAAAAAUUUAUCAAGUCAGCUCUAGCAUAAGCUAGGAGGGAGCAGGUCUCAAAUUGUAAAUGUUCAUCAUCUCAUCUAAUUCAUAAAGCUGAAUAACCAAUUGGUGCCAUGACUAACCAAAAGAAUUAAUGGGAAAUCUGAUCGGAAUCGCUCAAGGGCUGUAAAAUAACUGGAACAGUACUGCUCAGGUCUGUUCAUUCAGUUAUUCAUUCACUCUGAGAGUCUGUAGGGACACAGGUUGCUAACUGAGAAGCUAUUUAUUGUUUAUUUUAGAAAAGUAAAAGUUGGUUUGUUGAAUUAAACUCACAGGUUAAUGUUAGUGAUGUUGGAUGUUCAAGUCUGCACAAAACAACACUUGGGUUGAAUGUAUCUGCUGGUUUCCUCCUGACACGCUAACAUGAGCUCAUUCUCCAUGGAUCUGGCUUUGGCUAGAUAAAUGCUUUCACACCUUAAUUCGAAAAAGAGUUUAUUUAAAAAAAAAAAGAGCUUACUGCCUCCAAAAAUUGCUAAAACACAGUAUUUGGAUUUUUUCGUUAUUCUUGUGGCAUUACAGUUACAUUUUUUCAGGAACAAGUCAUAGCUCUCACAUGAGUGUCACGGGGGGAAACCCUCACAUGCUCCUCUUCUUUUUCCUUUUUCUUUUAAUCAGAUGAAUGAAGCUUUACUACUGCAAUAAUCUUAAGAGCUAACCAACGAGGGGAGAAAUGAAUGUAAUGGGUAACCUGUCUCUCCAAACAGCAGUGUUUGAUCAAUUUGAAUGAAACUGGUGUGUUUUAACUUGAAUUUAUGACUUGAUUUGUAAAUUAUAGGAUUAAAGCACACUCUUCAGUCCAUCUAUUCCCAUAAUUUCCUGCCAUUCACCUCCUCCUCGCUCACACACCAUCUUUUUCUGUGCCAUCCUCACGCAGCUGAAGUCUUAAUGCUCGGAACAUUCUUAUUUUUUUAACUGUACAGUCCUCAACAAGUUUCUAAAAUGAGAACUUCGGAGCAAUACGGUCUCUUAUUAUUUCCAUCUUGCUACUGUAAAUAGCAGCCGAAUGAUAGUGAAGUUCACAGACAUGCUGAAGAGGCUUGGCACAGUUUGGAGAGUUGAUAAGAGGCUUUGCAGGGAGCAUAUUUUCAUGUUCCCUGCAACCACUACCAAUCUCUACCAAAACAUGCAGUCACAAGCUUCCAUAAGUCUCUGAUUGUAGAGUGUAUGUGUGUGUGUGUGUGUGAGAAGUUUGUAUGCUCUGUAAAUGCUAUGAGCUUUUAAACCUGUAAUUAUUGUUAAUUAACUGAAACAGAUGACUAAAUAAAGAAAUGCAAUAAAUUAUUCUACUUAACAACA